AUGGUUAAUGUUUGUGCCUUUUAUUCCAGUUGGAAUGUGUCGCCGUUAAUUUCCCAGGGCCUCGCGUUCGGCAUCGGGUCCGGCGGUGUGUUUAGAACAGCACUGAUCUGCGUGGCCCAGUGGUUCGACCGCCGCCCAGGCCUGGCCGUUGGCAUUGCGUGGGAAGCAGUGUGGGAGCUCUCGAAGAAGAUCGGCCUUCAUGGUGCAAUCCGUUAUUCAACCCUCAUAAUCGGUAUCCUUCUCGCCUUGCCGUGUUUUUGGAACCGGGCACGCCUGCCACGGAAGAAAUGGGAUCCCAGCCAAAGGUGGCUUGACCUCACCAUGUUGAAGAGAAGCAGUUCGCGGUUUGCAUUCUGGGAAGCUUCCUCAUUAUGUGAGUGUAAUCGAAUUCCCUGA